GGGGAAUUGAAUGGAGAAUGGAAGAUGCUAUCCAGGAAUGAUAGUCAGUAAGUGGAUGGUGUACUGUUUCGUCUCCUCAUUUGUUCUGCUUCUCUAUUCUCUUCCCGCCCUCUGUCGUUUCGCCGCAUUCCGCACUUUAAUCAACUGACAAUCCACAUGGCCAUGGAGUCCAGACGAAAGGUGGCCCUCAUAACAGGAGCGACAGGCGGCAUCGGUAAAGCAACAGCAAUCGCUCUGGCUAAAGAAGGCGAUUAUGACCUCGCCCUACACUACAGCAGCGCCAGCCAAGAAACCCGAGAUGCCCUCGCAGCAGCCAUCCAGAAGACCAACUCAACAACGAAAGUCGCCUUCUUCCAAGCAGACAUGGCUGACUACACCGCGGUGCGCAACCUCCACUCCGCCGUGACAUCGCAAUUCGGUCCCGUCGACAUCCUCUUCAACAACGCCGGCACAAACUCAGGCUACAGCGCAGUCACUUCCCUCGCCGACAUUCCCAUCGAGAUCUUCGAUCAAACCCACCGCAUCAACACCACCUCCGCCAUCCUCCUGACUCAACUCUGCCUCCCCCACAUGGAGUCGCAGCAAUACGGUCGAAUCAUCUUCUGUAGUUCUGUCGCUGGCUUUACGGGCGGCGUUGUCGGGCCGCAUUACGCUGCGAGUAAGGCUGCGCAGCAUGGGUUUGUGCACUGGCUUGCGAAGAAUGUGGCGAGGAAGGGGGUUACGGUGAACGCUGUUGCGCCUGCGUUGAUUGGGGAUACGGUGAUGAUGGGACGGGCGGACGAUGAAGCUGUUCAGAAGAGGGCGGAGUUGUUACCUGUUGGAAGACUCGGAAGGCCGGAGGAAAUUGCCGACACGGUGGUGUGGAUGGUGAAGAAUGCAUAUGUCACCAACAAGGUGAUUGGCGUGGAUGGAGGCAUGUAUCCUUACUGAGCAACAUGGUCAUAUACGAGCAUACAUCAACUUGGAUCCAUUCGGCAAUAAGACACUGCCAAUAUGGUCUCGCAAUCACGUGCAG